AUGACUGAAGAAAAUGCCACACUGAGGGAUUUGAACCAACAGAGGAAGGUGGGAACAGAGUCAAGAGGAAUGAGGUCAGACAAUGGGGAGGAUGAAAUCAGCUUGGAAAACUUGACAGUGUGGGUACAUCUCCAAGUCCAGCCAAACCCUGUGUUUGAAGGAGACACGCUGACUCUACAAUGCAGCGCAGUGAACCACACACUGUCCCAGGUGAAAUUUUAUAAAGAUGGAAAAUUCCUUAAUUUCUCUGUGGACAACAGCCCUCUGUCUAUAAAGUCAGCAACAGUGAGAAACAGUGGGAAUUACAGCUGCAGUGGGAAAAUGAUGCAUUUUGAACAAGCCUCAAAACCAGUCAUGAUCGAAGUCCAAGAGUUGUUCCAGACCCCUGUGCUGAGCUCUGUCCUCCCUCCAUACUUCCAAGAGGGGAGACCACUUGUCCUGAGGUGUCAGACAAAGCUGCACCCCCAGAAGCUAGACCUGUGGUCCUUUUACUCUUUCUACAAGGACGGUCAUGUCAUGCAGAACAGGAGUCACAACCCAAUACUCCACAUCCCAGAAAUCAAGGAGAGAGACUCUGGGCUUUACCAGUGUGUGGUGGCCACUGAGGAUGGCCUAAUCCAGAAACAAAGUCAACAGCUGGAGAUCCAAGUACAGGUGCCUGUAUCCCAUCCUGCGGUUACUCUACGACAUGAAGCCACAAACCCUGCUGUGGGAGACAAGGUGGAGUUUCUCUGUGAGGCCCAGAGAGGCUCCCUUCCAAUCUUCUACUCAUUCUACCUUGAUGGAGAGAUCCUAGGGGACUCCCUGGCUUCCGCUGACAGAGUCGCCUCCCUCCUCAUCUCAGUGAGGUCAGAGUGGAGUGCUCAGAACUAUUCCUGUGAAGCUAAAAAUAAUGUCUCCAGAGAGAGGAGUGAGCCCAAGAAGUUUCCCUUGGUUGUCUUGUCUGCCUGGACCAACAGCAAACGGUCAAUUGCCUGGACACUUGGAAGCCUGCUGGGUGGGAUAGUCCUUGCCACUGUGUUUCUAAUUCACUUCUUCAGGCCCUGUAAAAAAGACGCCAGACCUGAGGAGCUCCCCACAGAAGCACAAGACAAUCACAUCUAUGCAACGGUGAAAAAACCAUCGAAAAAACCACAGCUGGGUGAGAUCUCCACUAAUGAUCUGGGCCCGGCGGCUCCACCAGCCAAGAGCCCCUUGGUGUCUGAUGACAGGAUUCCCUGUUAG